CCAAGGGGCGGUCCAUAAAUCUGAGAGCGCACCACUUAAACCGACCGUCGGUUGGAUUGGGUUGGGUUCAACGAGACGAUCCGACCGAAGAUUCACCAAAUCCAACCGCGAGAUUUAAGAUUUCCCUGAGAGGAUCACGACCGCCAAGGAAGGCAGUCCAACGACAAUUUUGAAAAUCUCGCUAUUUUUGGAUGGUUGAUGUUUAUGGAUCAUCGAGGCAUUCUCUUCUUCCUCUGUUUCAAUUCCUCACCUGAAUUCUUCUUCUUGGCCUCGUUCGUGUCGAUUCCGGAUCGAGGCCUCUCAUUCCAUUUAUCUCUCCGGUCGCUCUUGUGUUCCAAUCCAUUGUCGGCCGCCCGGCCGGAUUAAGUAGACGUUGGAGCUGAGGAAGCGUGCGAAGUGAGUUUGAGCGAAGAUGAACGACCUUCUGUCGACGACGUCCUUCAAGAAGUACACGAACCUGCGGGAGCAGGUGCAGAUGGACCAGGUGGAAGCGGGCAUGGAGGCGGCGGAGGCGGGUGCCAACCUGACCUCGUUCUUCCAGGAAGUGGAGGGCGUCAAGAAGGACCUGCGUGGCCUGGAGGCACUGUACCGGCGACUGCAGGAGGCCAACGAGGAGAGCAAGACGGCGCACAGCGCGAAGGCCAUGAAGGAGGUGCGCGCGCGGAUGGACGCGGACACCGGGCAAGUGCUCCGGGCGGCCAAGGCGGUGAAAGCGAAGCUGGAGGCGCUGGAGAAGUCGAACGCGCAGCACCGGUUGGUGCCCGGCUGCGGGCCGGGGUCCUCCGCCGACCGGACGCGGACGUCGGUGGUCGUCGGGCUCGGUUCCAAGCUCAAGGACCUGAUGGACAGCUUCCAGGGCCUGCGCGCCCGCAUCGCCGCCGAGUACAAGGAAACCGUCGGGCGGCGGUACUUCACCGUGACGGGGCAGCAGCCCGACGAGGAGACGGUGGAGAACCUCAUCUCCUCCGGCGCGAGCGAGACGUUCCUGCAGAAGGCGAUCCAGGAGCAGGGCCGCGGGCAGGUGAUGGACACCAUCUCGGAGAUCCAGGAGCGGCACGACGCCGUCAAGGAGAUCGAGCGCAGCCUGCUCGACCUGCACCAAGUCUUCCUCGACAUGGCGGCGCUGGUGGAGGCGCAGGGCCACCAGCUCAACGACAUCGAGAGCCACGUCGCCCACGCCAGCUCCUUCGUCCGGAGGGGCACGGUGGAACUCGAGACGGCCAGGGAAUACCAGCAGAGCUCCCGCAAGUGGGUCUGCAUCGGCAUCAUCGCGGCCGUCGUCCUCAUCAUCAUCCUCUUGCUCCCGCUUCUGCCCACCAUUCUUACCCUGCUUAGAUAGAUCCAUAGACAAUGAUUUAAAC